AUGGCCCAAGUAAAUCUCACCAUGGUGACUGAAUUCCUCCUCAUUGCAUUCACUGACUGCCCGGAGUGGGCGCUGCCUCUCUUCCUCCUCUUCCUCUUGAUCUAUCUCGUCACGUUACUGGGGAAUUCGGGGAUGAUUGCUCUGAUUCGUGGGGAUCGCCGGCUGCACACACCCAUGUAUUUUCUUCUGAGUCAUCUGUCGUUCAUGGACAUCUGUUACUCAUCCGUUACUGUUCCUCAGAUGAUGGUGGUGCUGUUGGAGCAUGGGGCCGCUUUAUCUUACACUCGCUGUGCUGCUCAGUUCUUCCUGUUCACUUUCUUUGGUUCCAUCGACUGCUACCUCCUGGCCAUCAUGGCCUAUGACCGCUAUGUGGCCGUGUGCCAGCCGCUGCUUUAUGUCACCAUCAUGACGCAGAAGGCUUGCUUCUGUUUUGUGUUUGGGGCGUACACUGCCGGCCUCUUCAGCGCAUUGGUGCGGACCAUCUCUGCCUUCACCCUCACAUUCUGUGCAAACAAUGAGAUUGAUUUUAUCUUCUGUGACCUCCCUCCUCUUUUAAAGUUGACCUGUGGGGACAGCUCCACUCAGGAAAUAAUAAUUAUUGUGUUUGCCAUUUUUGUCAUCCCUGCUUGUAUGGCGGUGAUUUUGGUGUCCUACCUGUUUAUUGUGGUGGCCAUUUUGAGGAUCCCGUCAGUGGGAGGUAGGGCCAAGACCUUCUCCACCUGUGCCUCCCACCUCACUGCUGUAUCUCUGUUCUUUGGCACGCUCAUCUUCAUGUACCUGAGAGACCACGCCGGCCAGUCUUCAGAGAAGGAUCGAGUGGUGUCUGUGUUCUACACCACAGUGAUUCCCAUGUUGAAUCCCCUCAUCUAUAGCCUGAGAAACAAAGAAGUGAAGGAGGCUCUAUGGAAAGUUCUCAGCAGAGCUCAGUUGUCCUAA